GUGUAAUACGGGACUUUCAACGUUCCGAAGUUACGGUUUCGAAUCCCGCUGUGAUUGUCAUGACUGUAGCGAUGUCGUCUCCACGCGAAACAGUCAAAAUGAAUUCAUUGGAAAAGCAUCACGCAUCGCUUUCCAACAGCAAUUGACAUAAUAGGCCGACAUUGACAUAUACUCAACAUGUAUCUAUCAUAAUCUAGAAAUAUUCGCGGAGGGCCACGACCAGUUAGUAGUUGCAGUAGUAGCAGUAGGAAGAUAAAACAGCAAGUGUAAAAGAGCGGCAUUAAUGGCGACAUUGGGAGACAUUACGGUGUCCGCAGUGAUAAAUCUUCUCGCAUCGUUUGCAUUUCUUGUGGCGUUUGCAUUUUUGAGACUGCAGCCCGUAAACGAUCGAGUGUAUUUCCCGAAAUGGUAUCUGAAAGGGGAGAGGCAGAGUUCUGGGAACAGGGGCAGAGGUAUUGUGAGUAAGUUUGUGAAUUUAGACUACAGGGAGUAUGUUCGAUUCCUCAGUUGGAUGCCUCAGGCGCUCAAAAUGCCGGAGGACGAGCUCAUUGAUCAUGCCGGCCUUGAUUCGGUUGUUUACCUUCGCAUUUAUCUCCUCGGUCUGAAAAUCUUCGUUCCAUUGGCGAUCCUUGCUUUUGCUGUCCUUGUGCCUGUAAAUGUAACGGAUGGAACUUUAGUAAACUUGAAGAAAGAUCUCGUAUUUAGUGAUAUUGACAAACUCUCAAUAUCAAAUGUGAAGACUGGUUCUCAAAGGUUUUGGGCUCAUCUAGCAAUGGCAUAUGUAUUUGCAACAUGGACAUGCUUUGUUCUUUACACAGAAUAUGAUAAAGUAGCAUCCAUGAGAAUACGGUUCUUGGCUUCACAACAGCGUCGUGCAGAUCAAUUCACUGUCUUGGUUAGAAAUGUGCCUCCUGAUUCUCAUGAGUCCACUACCGAGCAUAUUGAACACUUUUUUCGAGUUAACCAUCCUGAUCACUAUUUGUCUCAUCAGGUUGUCUAUGAUGCAAAUAAACUUGCCAAGUUUGUGAAGCAUAAGGAAGGUCUGAAGAACUGGCUGGAUUAUUAUCAGAACAAGCAUAUAAGACAUCCUGAUAAGAGGCCAACUAGAAAGAAAGGUUUUCUUGGCCUUUGGGGUCAGAGGGUGGAUGCCAUUGAAUUUUAUGUUGCACGAAUUGAUGCCUUGGCAAAGCAAAUAACAGCAGAGCGUGCACGGGUGCUGAAGGACCCAAAGUCAAUUAUGCCUGUUGCAUUUGUUUCAUUUAAUACACGUUGGGGAGCUGCUGUAUGUGCACAAACACAACAAAGCAAAAACCCAACAAUCUGGUUAACAGAAUGGGCUCCUGAGCCUUGUGAUGUAUAUUGGCGCAAUUUAUCUAUUCCAUUCGUUGCACUUGCAAUCAGGAGACUGAUGAUGGCCGUUGCACUUUUUUUUCUUGUAUUUUUCUUCAUGAUCCCAAUUGCAUUUGUUCAAUCAUUGGCCAAUCUUGAGGGGAUUGAGAAAGUUGCUCCUUUCUUGAGGCCUGUAAUAGAAGUGAAAGUUAUCAAGUCAUUCCUUCAAGGUUUUCUACCAGGUUUGGCUUUGAAGAUAUUCCUUAUUGUGCUACCUACCAUCUUGAUGAUCAUGUCCAGAAUUGAAGGUCAUCAAGCAUUAUCUGUACUUGAGAGAAGGGCUGCUGCAAAGUAUUAUUACUUUAUGUUGGUGAAUGUAUUUCUUGGAAGUAUAAUUGCUGGAACAGCAUUUCAACAACUUCAUUCUUUUCUGCAUCAAUCUCCAACACAAAUUCCAAAGACGAUUGGAGUUUCUAUCCCAAUGAAAGCAACUUUUUUUAUAACAUAUAUCAUGGUUGAUGGAUGGGCUGGUAUUGCUGGCGAAAUUCUCCGAUUAAAACCAUUGAUCAUUUACCAUCUGAAGAACAUGCUAUUAGUAAAAACUGAAAAGGAUAGGGCGAAGGCAAUGGAUCCUGGUAGUGUGGGCUUCCCAGAAGCGCUGCCUCAACUGCAACUAUACUUUCUUCUUGGGCUUGUCUAUGCCAUAAUUACACCAAUACUUCUUCCUUUUGUAAUCAUCUUCUUUGGUUUUGCAUACCUUGUGUAUCGACAUCAGGUAAUCAAUGUGUACAACCAGGAGUAUGAGAGUGUGGCAGCAUUUUGGCCUCAUGUUCAUGGCCGUAUAAUUGCUGCCAUGGUAAUUUCUCAAUUACUGCUUCUUGGGCUACUAAGCACGAAAGAAGCAGCAAACUCUACGCCUCUACUUCUUGCCCUUCCAGUGCUGACAAUUUGGUUUCACAAGUAUUGCAAAACUCGUUUUGAACCUGCCUUCCGAAGAUAUCCACUGGAGGAAGCAAUGGCAAAGGAUACAUUGGAGCGAGCUACAGAAGCAAAUUUAAACAUCAGAAGAUAUCUAAAAAAUGCAUAUUUGCACCCUAUAUUUAAGACUGAAGAGGAUGACGACAAUGAAAUGGGAGAAUGGAGAGAUGAUGAUAGUGUGGUUCCAACAAAGCGACAACAAUCACAAGUACACACCCCCGUGACUAGUGAACACAGCUACCAUGCUUCACCCGUGUACGAAGCAGAAGAAUACUAUCACUAUGAUGUUUGAUUAUUCUUUCAUACAUAAAGGCUUCAAAAGAGACCUUACCAUACUAACAAUGUGAGGGAGGGAAUACUGUGAUUUUUAGUCUUUAUUAUAAAGACUGUAAUAUAUAAGACUCCACGCUUUCUGGUUAUCCCAUUGUACAAUGCUGUGGUGUUCUAACUGAAUUUAUCUAGAAUAGUAUGGGAUGGGAAUCGGCAGACAAAAGCAUAAAUAUUUAUUGUAAAAUAAUUAAAAUUUUACUUAGAAAGCAGUGAAAAGAGACCACAAUCAUUUAGAUUC